UUAGCCGCCUUCGGCAAGCGAUACACUCCUAUACCGUGGGCAGAAUUCCUCGGCGCUAGUCGUCUUCUUCCCCCUCUCCUAUACCGUGACAAACUCCCUACAUACUCCAAUUACAAAGCCACUUACGUCCUAGUAACAUCAAGCCUCUUCUCUUUCUCAUCUCUAUGAAAUGGAAUCCCCAGCAAGCACCAGUCCCAACCUCAGAAAUCCUUCUCUUUGUGAUGAGUGUGGAUCAAACCCUUGGAAGUACAAAUGUCCCGAAUGCUCAAUCCGCUCUUGCAGCCUUCCCUGCGUGAACUCACACAAGAAGCGCAUCAGUUGUACGGGCAAACGCAGAGUUACAAAAUACGUGCCACUUUCCCAGUUCGACGACAACCUUCUCUUGGCAGACUACAGGUUUCUGGAGGAAACCAAUAGGGUGGCAGAUUCUGCAAGAAGAAUGAGUGGUGGAUUUCGUAGCUAUUCUUAUUUUAAGCUGCCAAAUAAGCUUUUGAUGCUCCGAAAUGUUGCCCGUCAGAGACAGAUUCAGCUGUUGUUCUUCCCUGCCGGUAUGUCAAAGAGAGAAACAAACCAAUCCAGAUAUGUUCCGAGGAAAAAGACUAUUUUUUGGACAAUUGAACUAAUAUUUCAUGGUACGGGGGUUGUCCUGGUUCACCACGGUGUUGAUGAGCAUGCAAGCUUAUUAUCUAUAUUUGAAAAACACCUCGCACCUGGCCCCUGGAAUCAUAAGUUGAGGUCUUUUUGUGAUGUCGAAUUGGAUGAUUUGAAGCUUUUCCUCCAGAAAAAUCCAAAGAACUCAAAGUCGCCGUUCAGAAAAUUGGACAUGAAAACAUCAUUAGGCUCACAAUUGGCAAAGGUUAUGAUCGUCGAGCAUCCCAUAAUCUUUGUUUAUCAUCCUUCGUACAAUAUUGACUUUGAAGUUGAGGCAGCUAUAACUCCUUUCCUUAGAAACACAGAACCUUCAAUUUUUGAAGGCUUACCAAGCCACAACAGGACUUCAUAUAGGGUGGAGGAGGUUGAAGAAGGUGAUAUACCUUCGACUACCAGAGUUACAGAUCUUAUGGAUUCCGUGAAAUCUGCAGCUGAUUGUAUUAAGGGUUCUGAAGUUGCAAAUCUACCUUCUAACCUUUUGGUUCCAGAGGAAAUAUUAGAAACAGAUCAUGUGGCAAUUCAUUUCACAGAUAAACAGAUUCCAGAGGAAACUGCUGGAGGUUCCAAUCAUCAACUCUAUGGGAAAACUCACAGAGCACUUGAUAUAAACUCACCCGAAUCAGGAGAGCCAGGAUUGUAUUUUCAGCAAGAACUUAGGGAUGCUUAUUCUGAACUAAUUGGAGAGAUGAAUCCUGAUGAUUUUUUGUGCUUAGAUGGUGUGUAUGGUGACGCUGUUGACUUGAGAGAAGAAAGAUGGUAUGACAUGGAAGAGAGACGAAGAGUUGACGCAGAAGUACCAAGGAAUUUAGGAGGACAUGAAGAAAACAAUGACUUGAAAGAAAAACUAGCUGAUUUGGAAGAGAAAAGAGAGAAUUCAUUUCUUUCUGAUAGGAUUCUAUUUGGGGAAAUGGAGUUAGAGGAGGGUGAGAUCCCAUAUUUUUUCUACUAAUCUUAGCCAUUUCUGAUCAGCAGAAUGCCAUUUUCUGUUUGAAGAAGGCUAGAAGUGAUAGAAUUCAGCCAUGUUCCAUUUGUUUGAUUCUAAGAGCUGCAUUCCAUCAGAUUUACAUGAUGUGAUGCCUGCCGAGUUUUAUGUCUUAUUUAUGGCUCAAAUAUUUUAAGUUUGAAGAGCAUCUGCAGCAUUUGCCCAUUCUUUUCUAACAGCUGAAAUGAAAUUAGCCUUUUUUUAACUGUUAAUGAUAUAUAAUUGUCAUGGAGAAGAUAAGCUUUAUACUCCUCAGAUCAAAACUGCAUUUCUUUCUCCUUCAAACCGAUGAGCGCUUAUAGUGAGAGCAGU